AUGUCCAAGCUGUCUAGAACAUCUUCUUCUUCCAAAACAACAACGUUGUUGUUGUUCUUGUUCCUGUUAAUGUCGGCCCUCUUGGUCUCCUUCUGUGCUCUGGUGUGCUACUUCUACGCUUGUACUGCUAACCCCAGCAGACUCAACUGGGCUGGUUUCUUUGGGUCAGCCUUCUUGGUUUCCGGGGUCUUAUUACUAUCAACAUUGCUUGUUGUUGCUGCCCGUGCCACGGUGUUGACAUGGAUCACGGUACUGGUGCUUCUAGCAUUUUCGGGAAAGCGACGCCGGGUGCUUGUUCAACAAGGGAGGAAAAUCACUGCUGAUGUUGUUGUGUACUUGAUUAGAGGGGCUGCUUAG